AAUACUUAAGGGAGGCUUCAAACUCCACAAGUCACAAACAGCAACCUCAUCAAUAGAUUUCUUUCAAUCAAUUAUUUAAUAUUUAGUAUUGACGCAAUGAAGUCAGCCCUAGUUCCUCUCUUUCUCUUCUUUGCUUUUCCCUUGGCCUUUGCUCAACAAGUUCUGGACUCAAAUGGCAACCCCAUUUUCCCCGGUCGCGAGUACUACAUUUUGCCGGCCAUAUUCGGCCCACCGGGGGGCGGAGUAAAGCUCGCCACAACCGGAAACUCAAAGUGUCCGGUUACUGUGCUUCAAGAUUAUUCUGAGGUUGUCAACGGCAUCUCUGUGAAAUUCACUAUUCCAGGAGUAAGUACCCUCGAAAUCUACGAGGGUACUCCACUGGAAAUAGAGUUCACAAAGAAGCCAAAAUGCGCGGACUCUUCGAAGUGGAUUAUCUUUGUUGACAAUGAAAUCGCGAAAGCUUGCGUAGGCAUUGGUGGUCCUGAGGACCACCCUGGCCAGCAAACUUUCCCGGGCACAUUCAGCAUUAAGAAAUACAAAUUCGGAUACAAGCUUGUGUUCUGUGUUGCGGGUUCACCAACUUGUUUGGAUAUUGGAAGGUUUGAUAAUGGUGAAGGGGGAAGGCGUUUGAAUCUCACUGAGGGUGAGGCCUUUGACAUUGUGUUCGUAGAGUCUAGUUCUUACAAUAAUGUAAUUAGAUCCGUAGUUUAAUCUGCAUAUGAAAUUAUUAAUAAUUAUCUCGUGCAUGGAAAAGGUAGGGUUGAAUGAAUAAUCAUCAUAGUUUUUCUUGUGAUGAAUUCUGUUGGUUACAGUUGCUAGCAGAAUCUUGAUGCAAAAGUGUUGAAAAAAUUUAAUAAAUACAACAACUUUUUCUCUGA